UAAAUAUGGACAAUGAAAUUCAAAUGUUGGAUAUAUUUAACAAAAUGCAAAACUUUCCACCAUUAGAUGUUACAGUACAACGUAACGUCGGUAGAAAUUGGUGUGCGUGGAAACAGAAUUUUUUAUCUUUUCUGCAGAAAGAAGAUGCUAAAGAAAUAUAUAAGAAUCAAUGGACAGUUAUAUUGUUAAAGUUAAUUGGACCAGAUGGAAAAAAAGUAUAUAAAAAUCUUUUUCAGAACGCUCAAACAAAAGAUCUGAGAACAGUUUUACUUAAAUUAGAUGUAUUCUUCAUUUUUGGAGUUAAAGAAAAGCAAAAAGGCGAAAGUAUUGAUCAAUAUAUUGAUUGCUUGAUGCUUGUUGCUCUAGCAAGCAAAUACAAUGAUCCUGCGAAUAUUGUGAAGGAAAAAAUUAUAAAAGAUAUUAAAAAUUACAAUUUCACGGGAAAAGCUAUGAUUUUUAUACAAUCAAAGGGAGAACUAGUAUCAUAUUUACAAUCGUUGGAUCUUGAUAAAAUUAUACUGUUUUGGAAACAAUGUGAAAAAUUAAUGUCACAAAGGAAUCACGAAGAUACACAAACGCAGCUUUCUUCUGAUCUGAAUCUUGUUGAAAUGGAAUGCGUUCGCUGUGGCACUUGUCAUAGUAGAAAUCGUUGUCCAGCUUAUGGAGUGCAAUGUGACAAUUGUAAAGGAUACAAUCACUUUACGAAUAAAUGUAAAGGAAAAUAUGUGUCUAACUGUACUAAAUGUGGAAUGAGUCACAUUCAAUCACGUUGUCACGCUUUCGGCCAAAUGUGCGUAAAAUGUGGUAAGGUGAACCAUUUCUCAUGGUUGUGCAAAGUUCCUGUUGUAAAAAAUUGCCUUAGAUGUGGCAAAGAUCACGCUAUAUCUAUGUGUCCUGCACAAGGACGUAUAUGCUUUCGAUGUAACAAACCAAAUCACUUUAAAGAAAAAUGUUUGAGCAAAUAAAUGAGGAACAAAAAUGAUAUGUCAUAAGAACUCUCUUGGAGAUCGUAAAGGUGACAGUAGACAAG